CCAAUCGAAAUCUGAUGCAUUGCCAUUGAGAUCUUAGACUGUGAGGUCAGUGGAAGUAGGACCAUCCGUCCCACUCCCAACUUGAACCUGCCGACGAUUUGCCCAGGUUUUUUCUGUCUUAAAUUUGCUGAGAUGGGGGGAGAGAAGAAGGGUGGUAAAAACGGGAAGACCAAGAGGAAGUCUCCAUCAAAGGAGCGGUCCAGCGGAGACGCGCCCAGAAGUAAAAAGCCUGAGAAGAAUAAAGACGAAGCUGCAGAGAUGUCCGAAAAGGAUCAGAAGCGGAAAGCCUCUCGGAAGGUCAAGACUCUAAAAACUGAGACCUUUGAGAGUGAAAUGGAGGAUUUUGUGAGAGCUCCUGGUCAUGUGACCGUGAAAGCAGAGCCAGAGGAUGGCGACUUUGUGGCCGAGAAAAGGGGGAGGAAGAGAGUCAGAGAGAGCGAGCCGGCGGAGUCGACCGCCUGCUCAUCAUCGUCUGUGAAGAAGAGGAAGAAGGUGAAAGAGGAGGAAGAGGAGGUUAGAGAUGAAGGCCAGAGGGUAGAGACGAUGCAAAAGAAGAAAAAAAAGAAGCCAAAGGAAGAGAAGGCGGAACAACCAGUGUCCUCAAAGAGGAAGAAGACGAAGGAGGAGAUCGAAGCUGCAAAGCUUUUGAAGAUAAAGAUGAAAGAAGAGGAGGAGAAACAGAGGUGGCGAUGGUGGGAGGAGGAAAAGUAUGAGGAUGGUGUUAAGUGGAAGUUUCUGGAACAGAAAGGGCCUUAUUUCCCCCCAGAAUACCAGCCCCUUCCUGACAACGUCAAAUUCUACUACAAUGGGGAAGCAGUCAAGCUGAGCCCAGCCGCAGAGGAAGUGGCCCUGUUCUUCGCUCAGAUGCUGGAUCACGACUACACCACCAAGGACGUGUUCCGCAACAACUUCUUCAAGGACUGGCGGAAGGAGAUGAGUCUGGAAGAGAGAACGCUGAUUACGGAUCUGAAUAAGUGUGACUUUGGGGAGCUGUUUGCUAUGCACCAGGAGAAGGUGCAGGCCAGACGCAACAUAAGCAAGGAAGAAAAACAGGUAAUCAAGGAGGCCAAUCAGAAGAUAGUGGAGGAAUAUGGCUUCUGCCUGCUAGACCACCACCGGGAACGCAUUGGCAACUUCAAGAUCGAGCCGCCGGGCUUGUUUCGUGGGCGGGGCGAACAUCCAAAACAGGGCAUGCUGAAGAAGAGGAUCCAGCCGGAGGAUGUCAUCAUCAACUGCAGCAAAGAUUCACGCAUCCCAGAGCCCCCUGCCGGUCACAAAUGGAAGGAGGUUCGCCAUGACAACACGGUGACGUGGCUGGCCAGCUGGACUGAGAAUGUGCAGGGCUCAUUCAAAUACGUGAUGCUCAAUGCCAACUCCAAACUGAAGGGUGAGAAAGACUGGGAGAAGUAUGAGGUGGCCAGGAGACUGAAGAGCUGUGUGGACCAGAUCAGGGCCCAGUACAAGCAGGACCUCAAGUCCAAACAGAUGAGCAUACGCCAGAGAGCCGUGGCCCUCUACUUCAUCGACAAGCUGGCCCUCAGGGCGGGGAACGAGAAGGAGGAGGGCGAGACGGCGGACACGGUGGGCUGCUGCUCCCUGCGGGUGGAGCACAUCGCCCUGCACCCGAAGCUGGACGGAGAGGAGAACGUGGUGGAGUUCGACUUCCUGGGUAAAGAUUGCAUCCGCUACUACAACAAGGUCCCCGUCACAAAGAGGGUAUUCAAAAACCUGAAGCUUUUCAUGGACAACAAACAAGGAGGUGAUGACCUGUUCGACUGUCUGAACACUUCCGUGCUGAAUAAGUACCUUACCUCACUAAUGGCUGGCCUGACUGCCAAGGUUUUCCGAACGUACAACGCCUCUAUCACUCUGCAGGAGCAACUGAAGGAGCUAUCCAACAUGUCGGACAACGAGGCCGAGAAGCUCCUGUCGUACAACAGGGCCAACCGCGCGGUUGCAGUUCUCUGCAACCACCAGCGGGCGCCGCCAAAGACCUUCGAACAGUCCAUGGCCAACCUGCAGGCCAAGAUUGACAGUAGGAAGGAGCAGUUGGGCCUGGCCAAGUCAGAGCUGAAGCAGGCCAAGAAGGAGCUCAAGACCAGCUCGGACAGCAAGCUGCAGGCCACUCUGGAGAAGAAGAAGAAGGCGGUCCAGCGCUGUGAGGAGCAGCUGCUGAAGAUGGAGAUCCAGGCCACAGAUCGGGAGGAAAACAAGCAGAUCGCCCUGGGCACCUCCAAACUGAACUACCUAGACCCCCGCAUCAGCGUUGCCUGGUGCAAGAACAUGGAGGUGCCCUUGGAGAAAAUCUACAACAAAACUCAGAGGGAAAAGUUUGCCUGGGCCAUCGACAUGACGGAACUGGACUUCUUUUUCUGAGAACGCCGGCUCUUCGACUUCAACCGCAGCAAAAGACCGCUUUCGAAUUUAUGAAUGAAUGAAUUUGCUUUUAAGAAUUCGUUUGUUGAACAUUUCACACAUGUAUAUGUUCUGCCUACCCUGUUCAGACCCUCCAUUUUGUAUUUUUACUGCUGUUGGCACUUUUUUUGGAACUUUUAAAAAGAAGUAUUUUUCACGCCGAGGUGAAAUUUAAUGCAACGGUUGAGCUGCGUUUUAUAUUUUUGAAUUAAACUUGAAUAAAGGCCGUAAAGGUG